GGCUCGGCGCGGCGGCUGCUGCCGGGGGGCCUGGCGGGCCUGGGGCUGCCCCCCCGCCGGUACCGGUACAAGGAGAAAUGGGCUGUCACUGCUCCCAAGAUCUCGGCCAUCCGGCUGGCUCUGCAGAACUUCGACAUGAACUACAGUGUGCAGUUUGGCAGCCUGUGGCCCUCGAUCCGUGUCAGCCUCCUCUCAGAACAGAAAUACAGCGCCCUCGUCAACAACUUCUCUGAUGCCGACAGGGUCAGCCGAGAGCUGGAACUUCUAAACGCUGUGGAUUUUGUUUAUGAAUCUCAGAAAGCAGCUCGGCACGUGCAGUGGGAUUCGCCUGUAGAACGAGUGAGGGGUGAGGAAACAGCGUCCCAAAAAACCCACAGAGAACAGUUGUCUGUGGAACAAACACAGACGCCAUCAUCGCUUUCUGCGUCCAUCAGCCCCAACAUCAAGUGUUACACAUUCUCCAAAGGAGAUGUCAGUCGGUUUCCUCCGGCAAGACCAGAUGCUUCAGGAAUCCUUGGCUACUAUCUGCUGGAUGCAGCAUCGCUCUUACCUGUCUUGGCUCUCAAUGUGCAGCCUGGUGACCUAGUCCUUGACCUCUGUGCAGCACCUGGUGGCAAGUCACUGGCUCUUCUGCAGACAGGAUGUUGCCGACACCUGGCCGCCAACGAUAUCUCUGCUUCCCGUAGUAACAGGCUGCGCAGAGUUCUCUGUAGCUACAUUCCCAAAGACAUCAGCAGUGAUGUGCGCGUCACAUCCUUGGAUGGAAGGAAUUGGGGGGAACUGGAGGGGGACACUUACAAUCGGGUGCUUGUGGAUGUGCCGUGCACGACUGAUAGACAUUCUGUCAUGGAAGAGGACAACAACAUUUUCAGUCGAAUGAGAUUGAAGGAGCGUCAGAUGUUGCCAAUGCUGCAGAUGCGGCUGCUUCUCGCUGGACUCCUCGCUGCCAGACCGGGAGGGGAAGUGGUGUACUCCACAUGCUCCCUGUCUCAGCUGCAGAACGAGUACGUGGUGGAGAGAGCUGUUGAGGUAGCAGAAACCGAAUACAACAUCAAUGUCCACGUUGAAGACUUAAGCUACUUCAGGAGACUCUUCCAGGACACAUUUUCUUUCUUUGCAGACUGCAAGCUGGGGGAGCUUGUCCUUCCCCACCUCACGGCAAACUUUGGACCCAUGUACUUCUGCAAAUUACGCCGGGAACAGUAGGGGUGUUGGCUUUUUGACCCCCUAUCUCUGGUGGAGGUGAGAUUGGGCAGUUCUUCUUCAUCCAGCUGCAUCUCUGUUGUGACAUUCUGAACUGAGGUGAUCUCACUCUUUUCCAGGCUGUAAUAAAAUACCCAGAGGUUCCAGAGAGAGAACUGCUUUGUGAUUCUUUUAAAACACCUGGAGGGACGUCUGCUUUUGUGCCACAAACACCGAGAAUAAAUGAUGCAGACAUGAUAAGAGUGUAAUGUGUCUUCUCUGUUUCUGGAAACAGGACUUCCCAGGAUCUAGCUAAAAUUUGUUUGCAACUUGAUUGUUUUUCUUCUCCAACCUCCUCUGCUUAUUUGUAAAAUAACCACAGAGGGAAUUAGUGCUUAGAGCAGAGGUUGAGCACUCUGGAGUUUGCUUUUGGUUCUGCAGCCGCUUGGCCUUAAGCAAGUCACUUCGUGUGUUACAUUUCCUCAUCUGUAACAUUGCAGUGAUAUCUUCCUCCCUCACCUCUGCUGGCGUUUGGAAGUGCAGCCUCAGGUCCUCAGACGAAAGGCUCUAUAGACACGCAUGCUAUUACAUACGCCCCUGCAGUCAUAUCCGGAUAGGACUAUAUACGUGAUGUAUUAGCUCUUGUGUAGCGCUUUCCCAGCAGGAGAUCACCAAGUGUUUUUUAAAGGCAGGUAAGUACCACUAUCCCCCUUUCUAGAUAGGGAGAAUGAGGUCUGAUGGGUGGGAGAGCUGCCAAGGACACCCAAUGAGCUAAUAGCAGAGCGGCGGGUAGAACUUGGUCCCAGGUCCUAUCGUGGUGGUUUCAGUUGAUUUGCGGUGAGCAGCUGUCUAUUACAUCACCUCCUACAGUCCCCUCCUUUGUUAGCAGACAAGAGUAGCCAAGAGCCACACCCACACGAAAUAACUUCUACCUGUACUUCCCCAUGGAAGCAGUUGUUGUGGAGUGUUCAAAAGGCCUAACGGAGAUAGGGGUUCUGCUGCUAUUGAAAUGCUAUUGGAGUUAGGGGUGCAACUCCCUUAGGCUCCUUUGAAAAUCCCCGCUGCAGGUUUUGUCAGCAGUCAGGAAUGGGAGAGGAUGUGCCAUGAAUGAGAGGGCAGGGAGUCUUGAGAGAACUUCUGCACCAUAAGAACCCCCCAUAUAGAAACAAGAGACUUAAGCCCUAACUCAGUUGUUGAUCAAUUGCAUAGUCAAUUGCUUGACUACACUGUGGUUAGUUGGUCUUGAGUAUAUUUCAUAAGGAACCAAUGUCAGUCAGGUUUAUUCAGGCGGUACAGGAAAACAGUUCUAUACGUUACCAGUCUGCGAAGAGGAGUCCCAUGCGGUGAGAUUCACCUUACGUAGAAGGUGCGCUCCCCGAAGUUGCAUCCCUUAAGCCAUCUUUUUAUACCCUACUUGUUUACCAGCAAAAGGUACUGUAUAUGUCACCUGAAACUGGAUUCAAUUGAUCAGCUUCUUACCUUGUUUGUUUCUGGUAUCAUGGUGUAGCCCUUUAUCUUUUGUUCUAAAUCCAUGCAUUCCGGGUCAUGAUGCACCCUUGUCUUUGUUCUGAACACAUGCAUUUCAUGUACAAAGAGGUAUGAAGACACCUAGGUCUGUAUGGGUAACUCCUUUCCUGUUGCCAUGAGGAAAUAAUCAUAUGCUCUGAGACGGACAGUUUUCCUAUCUACUCAAGCCAAGGCUUACUUCAGCUAAUGCAAGGUGUUAUGGGCUAUGUAGCGUACGU